AUGGUGGUAUUGGUGCUCUCAAGACUGUGUGAUAUUGUCUUGGCACGAGUGUACAGCCAUGCCAGACUGGAGGAGCUGGAUAAGGAGGCCUCCAUCCCCAUCAUUAAUGGUUUCUCUGACCUCUACCAUCCAAUCCAGAUUCUGGCUGACUUCCUCACCAUACAAAUAUUGUAGCUCUUCAUGUUUUCUAAAUCACUGAGCUGGAUUGGAGAUGGGACCAAUGUCCUCUACUCCUACAUGAUGACUGCAGCCAAACUGGGAGUUCACCUUAGGAUUGCUACACCAAAGGGGUAUGAGCCACAGAAGAAUGUUGUUGAAGAGGCACAGAGACUGUCCGAACAGGAUGGGACCCAGCUUGUUCUGACCUCUGACCCGAUGGAGGCCGCCCAUGGUAGCAAUGUUCUGGUCACUGACACCUGGGUUGGUAUGGGACUGGAGCAGGAGAAGGAAAAGAGGCUCAACAAUUUUAAAGGUUACCAGGUUACUAUGCAGACAGGAAAUGUGGCCAAACCAAACUGGAUCUUCCUGCACUCUCUACCUCGUAAAAAGGAAGAGGUGGAUGACCAGCUGUUCUAUUCCUCACACUCACUUGUCUUCCCUGAGGCAGAGAAUAGGAAGUGGACAAUCAUGGCGUGUAACCUGAUGAAAUGUGGUUUAAACUAG